AUGAUUGGCUCCAUUCAAGAUAUGUUUUCAAGAUCCCUGAAGACCAGGCAGACUCUGCCUCUGGUGCAAUCUGCAUUCACGCGUUUAAGUCGUCGAUGUCUCGCCGACGUUGGCCCUGUCCCUGCUGAAGACGACAAGCCAUUCGAAGUGCCAAUCCCGGAUGACAGUUUCGAGACAUACGAACUGGACCCCCCUCCAUAUACGUUGGAGACGACGAAGCGGGAACUUCGACAGCUGUACAGGGAUAUGAUGACGAUUAGACGCCUCGAACUCGCCGCAGACAGACUUUAUAAAGAACAAAAGAUUCGCGGCUUCUGCCAUCUCUCGACCGGCCAGGAAGCCGUCGCUGUCGGCAUCGAGCAUGCCAUUACGCGCAGUGACCCGCUAAUAACGGCCUAUCGCUCGCACGGCUUCACACUGAUGCGGGGCGGCAGUCUCAAGUCGAUCAUAGGCGAACUCCUCGGGCGACAGGAGGGCAUCUCGUACGGAAAAGGCGGCUCGAUGCACAUGUUCGCGAAGGGGUUCUACGGCGGAAACGGGAUCGUCGGUGCUUCAGUCCCCGUAGGAACGGGGAUUGGCUUUGCGCAGAAGUACACCGACAGCGGGAAUGUCAUGAUCAAUCUGUAUGGCGAUGGGGCGGCCAACCAGGGGCAGGUGCAUGAGGCGUUCAACAUGGCCAAGUUGUGGAAUCUGCCGGUGCUGUUUGGAUGCGAGAACAACCAAUACGGCAUGGGGACCUCUGCUGAACGGGCGUCUGCGAUGACAGACUACUACAAACGAGGACACUACAUCCCAGGGCUGCGUGUCAACGGGAUGGACGUGCUUGCCGUUCUCGUCGCUGUGCGAUAUGGAUGCGACUAUGUCCGAGCAGGUAACGGACCUCUGGUCUACGAGUAUGUCACCUAUCGGUAUGCGGGGCAUUCGAUGUCGGACCCAGGCGUAAUCUAUCGGACUCGCGAAGAAUUGCAGGAGAAGCGGAAGCAGGAUCCGCUGACGGUGCUGAAGACGAAGCUGAUCGAGUGGGACGUCAAUACGGAAGACGAGCUCAAGGCGCUGGACAAGGAGGUCAGGAAUGAGGUGAAUGAGGCUGUUGCUGAGGCAGAGAAGAUGCCUGAUCCGCCCCCGACGCCGAAUACCCUGUUUCAAGAUAUCUAUGUUCGAGGCAACAACCCAAUGACAGAGAUUACUGAACCCCCGCUGUCCUAA